AACAAGCAGCGAGGCCGUGAUGGAUGUUGUGGGUGGGGGUUCCGGACUGGGGUCUCUUGCACUUUGUUCACCCCAUUAAAAGUACAUUUCUGCCAGAAGAUGAAGUAUUGACAUGACGGCCGGGUAAGAUGGCGUUCCCGACGAUCCCGCCGCCUGGCCCGGACUACACGACUCUGCUGUACGGGACAGAGGUCGUCCCUGUGGUGUAUGACGCCGUGAACGGGACGCCGGUGUGGUCUACUUCCGGAACUUUUAACAUAUCUUGUGGCAACGAGAGCACCACCCUACCGGCGGAAUGUAACGUGACCACGGCGCCGCCCUUAGACCCCCUGGGAGGGCACCAGGUCUGGGAGGUGGUGCUGAUAUGCCUGCUCACCUGUUCUCUCAGUAUCAUGACUGUCGGAGGAAACAUUCUGGUCUUCGUGUCCUUCCGAGUCAACCGACAACUUCACACCGUCAAUAACUACUUCCUCCUGAGUCUGGCGGUGGCCGACACCCUGAUCGGACUCUUGUCCAUGAACUUGUACACCGUGUAUAUGGUGAUGGGCAGGUGGGCCUUAGGACCGGCCAUCUGUGACCUGUACUUGACCGUGGACUAUGUCUCCUCCAACGCCUCCGUCAUGAACUUAUGUGUGAUCAGUUUUGACCGCUACUUCUCCAUCACCCGUCCGCUGACAUACCGCGCCAAGCGAACCCCCAAGCGGGCCGCCUGGCUGAUCGCCUUGGCCUGGGUGACGUCCGUGCUGGUGUGGGCACCGCUCAUCGUGGGCUGGCAGUACAUCGUGGGCGGGAGGAACGUACCAGAGAACGAAUGCUACAUCCAGUUUAUAGAGGACAGUGUUUACGUCAACUAUUUAACCAUAGCAGUGGCCUUUUACAUCCCGGUCAUUAUCAUGUGUACCCUGUACUACAGGAUCUACAGAGAGACUCAGGAGAGACAGAAAAACCUGUUAGAACUACAGGGAAAUACAAGUACCAGAACAUCGACACGAUUCCGAAACACAUCAACUAUGUCCACUACAUCAUUCCUGACAAACUCUACAAUCAAAUCUACCUUGUCUACAUCUACUAUCAAGUCUACUACAAGUGUCGGCUCUAGUAUAUCCAGAGAGCCUAUUGCACUGAGCAGUAUAGAGGAAGGAUCGACGAGUAGCAGUCCUCCCAGAAGUAAGCGUUUCUCGUUACUUUGUAAAUGUUGUGCUGGAAAGUCUAGCGAAGACAAUGACUCGACAAGAGAUAACAGUAACUUCAGCACGCCGACUGACCACGCGAAGGUUCUGAUGAGUGCUGGAUGUAGUUCAUUUGUAGACAAGACGGCAGGACCGGCCAUGGAGAUGAGACAUAUGUCUCUGUCCGUCCCCAACGGGAAGGCGCAUCGCCUGACCCCGCCCAAGACUGAACACCCAGCCUCCAGGUACCGCAUCGUCAUCAAGCUGCCGGACGAAUCGUCCACAGACCCCGACGACCAGAAGCCGACAAUAACAAUGACUCCCGACUCAGACGAUUCGGACGACAAUUUAGAACUGAAGGACAUGACACCAUCCCCGCGUCCCAGCCCUGAACAGCCCGCCAAACCCCUGCCGUCUGCUGCAGCACUGGCAGCGUCAAGACCAAAGCUGAGCGCAGCACAGUUGUGGAAAAGAGCUGCCGAGAACACUACACGCACCAAAUUAAAAAGUGAUCGUGCCAGAAAAAUCUCGAUGGUUCUGAAGGAAAAGAAGGCGGCAAAAAUGCUGAGUGCCAUCCUCUUAGCGUUUAUAAUUACCUGGUUACCAUACAGUGUAACGGUACUGUUCAAGCCCUUCUAUAAAGUGCCGACGACCGUCUGGAAUGUGGGGUACUGGCUGUGUUACGUUAACAGCACCAUCAACCCGUGGUGUUACGCACUUUGUAACAGAACGUUCAGAAAAACGUUUAAGGACAUCCUGGUGUGCCGAGUGAAGAAGCAGAACUUCAGACAACUACAAAGCAAAAGACUGUACUAAUAUGUGGGUAAGACAGUUCAUUAUAAUAACACUCACAUAACCAAAAGGAUGUCAAUGGUUAACUUCACUGAAGUACACAGAUAAAGAAAGAUUGAAUCAGCUGAAGGAUGAACAAAGUUUCAGAUAUUGUCU